AUCCAGAUGCGCUGGUUCCAGUGACCACAGUUCAACUUGGUGAACCUGUGACUUUAACGUGUGAUUGGCCUAAUGACAAGUUUAGAGAUAAACUUCACUGGUACAAGCAGAGUGCAGGGGAGACUCUGAAAUUGAUUGAGACUGCAAAAACAUGCGAGCCCUGUGUAUGGACCAGAGUUUUCUGCCUCAAGACUGGAUGUAAACAUUUCUAACAAAAUCAGCAGUCUGACCAUUUUGAGAACGAUUCAGGAAGAUGAGGGAAUGUAUCACUGCGCAGUCAUGGAGUGGACUGAGAUUACCUGGAGUGGCACCUAUUUGUCAUUAAAAGGAAACACUCAGAGGACAUCAAACUAUGCUGUUGUUCAGUGGCCGACAGUAUCUGAUCCAGUCCGUCCAGGAGCCUCGAUGUCUCUCCAGUGUUCAGUCCUCUCUGACUCUGAGAAUAAAAUGUGUCCAGGAGAUCACAGUGUGUUCUGGUUCAGAGCCGGAUCAGAUAAAUCUCAUCCAGACAUCAUCUACACUGAUGGAAACAGACAUGAUGAAUGUGACAGGAACUCUGACACUCAGAAGAGUUGUGUUUAUCGCUUCUCUAAGAACGUCAGCUCCUCUGAUGCUGGGACUUACUACUGUGCUGUGGCCACAUGUGGACAGAUAUUAUUUGGAGAUGGAACUAAAGUGGAGAUUGAAGGAACCAGUACGUGCUCACAGAAUGCAGAUGCACUUAUUUUUCUGCUGUGUGCUGUCUUGGCUAUAAGUCUGACUGUCAUAGCUGUCCUCGUUUACACCAUCAAGAAAAACACGUCUGAUUGUGACGACGCUGCUGUUGCCGUGCAGCGAAACCUUCAUGGUCAGAAAAGUCAGCAGAGAAAUGAGGACACACAGGUUUAUUCUGCUGUCGUCUUCACCGUGAUGAAAACUGGCAGUGGUGCAAUAAAGGAUUCAAGAGCAGCAGAGAGACAGAGGAUCUACGCUGCUGUCAAGGCUUUUGGGUUGGAUUAGUGAGGUCACAGGUCUGUUUGCCAUCAGCUGGUACUGUGUGAUCUAAUUCAUGUUGGUCUGUUACGAGCUGAAGGAUUUUUUAUAUGUGGCUAUUAGGUAAUGAUGUGCAUGCAGGUGUCUGCAAAGGCCCGCUUUGGUCCAUUUGGCUUUUGGCCUAUGUGGGCAUCUGUGUGCAGCCCAUUUUUUGAGACCCCACCUUCAGAAAAAGCUGCGCAUCCAGCAUCUUUUUUCAAAGCACUCCAGCUUUUUAAUGUGGCCACUCCGAGUGCUUCCAGUUUGAAACCUCAGAACUUCUCACAAAGGUGCUGGUGAUGUCACAGUCGUUCCUUUAGCAACUGUAUGAUAUGUCAGUCAGAAACCAUCACCAUCAAUGGGCAAAGACAGAACAGUCCAUUUGUGGGAGCAGACGACCAGACGCUGAAUGUUGCUGGUGAGUGUUGUGCUUUCAUUAACGUACGCAUUGUAAGCUUGUUGUUGAAUGUGUAGUUAACCCUAUGUUAAGGUAUCAUUACGUUAGCUACCAAGCUAAUAUUAGUGUCAUGAUCUUGUUGUCAUAGAAACCUACCAUGUGCAGCACAUCAUUAAAAUAAGCGUUGGGAGUGAAUGUGGCCAUGUGGACGCUGGCCCUAAAGAAAGAAGCUAGGUGUCAGUUAACAUGGACAUUACUCAAAUAAGUUUUUUUCUCUCAAAGUGGGAGUAACUGUAAAUAUGGAAUUUUUCAAUGGAUCAGUGUUGGCACAGAUAUAUUAGGUGGAUCAGAUCUGUUUUUGUUUUUGUUUAUUUUUGUUAUUGUUCUUGUGUAACUACUCUUGAACCUGAUUGGUAACUCUGUUAAACUGUGUCAAUAAAUAAAACACACUGCUUUCUAACAUCAA